AUGCAACCACACAUCAAGAGAUCCACCAGCACGGUGGAGGAGUAUACGAAGUACAGUACGGGACUACGACUGGUUGCUGCUGCUACUACUGCCACUACAGCUACUGCUACUGCUCACCAGAGCCCAAGGCCAGAGCCAGAGCCAGAGCUCCCAGCCCAAAAAAAGCCUACUGCUCCUCCUGACGGGUACUGUACCUCGCUCGCUCUCUGGAUCUCGAGCUUUAACCGAAUCUGA